AUGGUCAUUGACAACCAAGUUCGACACUACGGCGGCAUCACAUACGAUCACAUGUAUCCCAACAUGCACACAACGCCGCAAUUUAGCGAUCCGUGGUCUCACCAGACCAGCACUUCGAGUUCUUCCUUCCCAACUCUGUCGAAGACCGAUGGUGUGAGAUCCGGCGUCUCAAUGCCUUACUCCCAUAUGCCUCCAGUUACUGGUUCCAUGGCUCAAGGUAGCGCCUUCUCCAGCACUGGGUUUUCUGGCACCGAUUUACUAAGUUACCUUCAAGACUUGCCGCGCCCCAACUACGGCGAACAAGCCUAUUCUGCGCCCACGGCGACCUCCGCGUCGUAUGCGCCGUCUUACUCCUCCCUGACUUACGCCCAAUCUCUGCACCAACAGCAGCAGCAACAGCAACAACAGCAACACCGAAAACUCUCCGACUCGGUUGAGGGCUCUCGCGCCGCAAACGCCAGUUUUGGGGAACUUGACGCUUCUCGGGGCAUGUUGGCGCUGAGCCAUCAGAAUCUGCAAGACCUGACCCCCCGCAACAUCUAUGAGGCUCGAGCGCAGAGGGCGCCGGCAGAUUCCUAUGGCUUUCCGCAAGCGUCGUCGGCUCAUUCGUCGAUUUCAAAUGAAUCCGGUCGAGGCUACACCUACUACGCGCCUAGCUCGGUAGGCUCCGUAACUGAUUCUGCUACAGACUACAGCUCUGCGGCGUCGGAUGCUGGGUAUGACUCUAUGGCGGCAUCUCGUACACUGCCUCGCCCGAACCAACUGCUGGGUCCUCCUCUUGGACCGCCUGCCCCUCAAUCAAUGAUGGGCCAGUUUUCUUCCAAGAUGGCCGCCAACACUCAGAAGAAGCACAAAUGCAAGGUCUGCGACAAGCGAUUCACGCGGCCCAGCUCCUUGCAAACGCACAUGUACAGCCACACUGGUGAAAAACCCUUUGCCUGCGACGUGGAGGGUUGUGGGCGUCACUUCUCGGUCGUCUCCAACUUGCGCCGACACAAGAAAGUGCACAAGGGCGACUCCCUUUCCAAUGCAAGCCAUUCGGACAUCGAGGAGUGA